AUGAAGAGUCGGAGCAGAAAUUUAGCCACCCUGAUGACGAAGAUUGUUGCUGGACAAGAAGCACUUUUAGGCAAGAAAGUAUUGCCGUUGUGCCACAGAGAAUGUAUGCCAAUAUGUAUGAAAGUGACAGAAGCAACACAAGAGAUUUGUGAGGGGGCAUGCCAAGCGGGUUGUGUCCAGCUUCAGGGUAGAGGCACCGGACUUUCAGCCACCGAUCAAGGAGUCGAUAUGGUCAUUGCUUAG